CCAGGUGGAGAGGGCGGCAGGAAUGGCACCCCUGGGGAACAGUAGCGGGCCCCCAAAGGCCCUGUGUCCUGAGGCCCCACCUCUGCCCCACCUGUGCCCAGCCCCACGCGCCGCUGCAGGCAGGGGGCGCGUGCGCCUGCGCGUGCCACACACCUGUGCCGAGCCCGCCUUUCGCCCUCCCUGCCCUGGAAUGGCGGGUUCCCAGCUGCCAUCGCCACUUCUGCUGCUGUCUCUGGUGCUGCUGCUGGGGAAUUCCUCCCUUGCCCCUGUCGCCUCUAGAGACUCCAACGUCCAGGUCCGCAUCCUUACUUCGCAGCCCGCCUCCUCAAAUUCAGGGGCAACCCCCACCAGCUCCACAAAUGUAGGGUUGGAACCCAUCUCCUCCCCACAACCAGAAACGGCCACCCACCCCAGUUCUGGCUCCCCGGGUUCAGAGCUUACCCCUACCUCCCACUCGAGCCCCCCAAGCUCCCCCACCUUGACCUUGCAUUGGAGCUCCACUUCUCCCAGCUCGAGACCAGAGCCCUCUUCCAUGCCCUCAGCCAGCACUGACGGGGCCUCUGUGUCCUCUGGCUCUGCUCUAGGUGACACUGGGGCCCCCGAGUUGCACAGGAACCCAGGCGUGGUGGUGGCUGUGUGUCUGCUGGUGUCCGUCUUGCUCAUCGGGUCUGUGCUAAUGGCUGUGAGGCGUGGCCACCGUGGUGUGUCUGAGUUCUAGAAGCUGGAUGAGAUGUCCACGGUGAGGUGGGGGCUGGGCUGGAGGGAUUGCCCUCCCAAGUCCCUGCUGCAGACCCUGCUCGUGCCUGAACGUUCUCUCGUGUGUGUUCCUCCCCCAGGAGACAGCGAGCCAAAGGUCCUCCUUUGCCCAUCACCCACCAGAGUGAUCUCCGUGGGGCCAAGGGAGAAGGGGGCUUGGACGGGGUAGAGCACCUGGGGAGGGGCUAGGCUUGCCAGAAUAAAGCCCUUGUGUUCCUCUGUGGCCUCCCGAGUCAUGGACUGCUGUGACAAACGCUUCUGAGUGUCUACUAUGUGCUGGGGUCAUAGUGGGGACCAUUUCUCCACCCUCGUGGGGCCCACAGUCUCAAAUAUGGGGACAGACAAUAGCCAGGGAAUCAAAUGACAUCACUUCAGGUGGCGAAGAGGGUCACGGAGUCACAGACUGGGGUUGUGGCCGAAUCACAAGGGGCCUUGUGUCCAGGUUUCCUGAGAGGGCGGUGAGGGGUGGUGGGAAGGAGCUACCCUGGAGAAAGCUGGGAGGGGAUCCCAGGAAACAGGCACAGCAAAUGCAAAUGUCCUGCGGUAGGAAGAACUCGCGGCGUUUGGGAAACAACACGGAAGUAAGUGAAGUCGGGGUAGGAUAAGGGAGACGUGAGUGGGGGGCCGCGCUGGCUGUGCGAAGGAGUGUGUGUCUUAGAAUGGAAAGAUUUGACCAGCUCAGACCAGCUUUACAUCACGGGGGAGUUUCCAGCCAGGAAGUUCCAGAAUCUAGUAGGUCCUCCUUCCAGUCUUGAGGCGGACAAAGCAGCAGGGGGAGAAGGCUCUCCAGGAGGCAGGCACGGCCUGUGCAAAGGCUUGGGGGCAGGAAGGCACCAGAAGCACGCAGAGAACAUGGAGUCACAAUGGCUCCCCCACCUCGGCCCUGCUUCCUGAGCCUGGGCCCCACUCUCUCCUCCCAUUGUGCAGGAGGGAAAACGGUCCAGGGAGCGGCAGGCCUGGGGCUGGGACCUUUGGUGGGUCAGUGGGUUCUUCCUGCUUCCACCGACCCCAUCCCCAGGACCAUCCGGGCCUCUCUAGCCAGAGUGGGAUAUGGAGGCUCCAGGCCAUGCCUUGGCCAGGACUCCGGCCUGGAGCUGCCCCCUCAAGGCUGGGUUUACCCUUCUGUGAAAUGGGUGGUGACAGAGGUGGGAGGUCAAGGUCACACAGCACAGCGGGGGUGAAGCCUGCCCCGGGGACAGGGUCAUGCUCUAAUGAUUUUUGGGGGCAGAGGGACGGCAGGGCCUCCCCGGCAGGCGGCUGUUCUGGUGACACAUUAACCUGCAGUAGCUCGAGAGGUGACGGCACCACACAAACCCCUUUCCUCUGGCCACAGCCCCUCCCACCCAACCCCAGGGUGGGGG